GCAGGAAGCGGCUGGGGAGUAGCAGAACAGCCAUUGCAGUGUCGUGGCUCAGUAACAAAAUACGAAAGGGCUGAGGAAGACCUGGCAGCCGCUCUCCCUGUUCCCUUUGACCGACAGAUUAAUUUACAUGACUGUUAGAGCCUAGGCACUUGGUAAAUAAAUCUACAUCUAAACAACCGAAUUCAACAGCUCCGGAUAUGUCAUUCCUAUUCGAUUGGAUUUAUAGCGGUUUCAAUAGCGUACUACAGUUUUUAGGACUGUACAAGAAAUCGGGCAAGUUAGUAUUUCUUGGCCUGGACAAUGCUGGCAAAACGACGCUACUGCACAUGCUCAAAGAUGACAGACUGGGACAGCAUGUGCCAACUUUACACCCAACAUCAGAGGAGCUGACGAUUGCUGGCAUGACAUUCACCACUUUUGACCUUGGAGGCCACGCACAAGCCCGGAGAGUGUGGAAAACCUACCUCCCUGCCAUUAACGGGAUCGUCUUCAUCGUGGACUGUGCAGACCUCCAGAGAAUGGCUGAAUCUAAAGCAGAACUUGAUGCGUUAAUGACAGACGAGACCAUCGGAAAUGUGCCUAUCUUAAUCCUUGGCAACAAAAUCGACAGGCCUGAAGCUGUGAGCGAGGAGAAGCUGCGCGAAUGUUUUGGAUUAUACGGACAGACGACAGGCAAGGGCAACGUUCCCAUGAAGGAGCUGAACACGAGACCGCUGGAGGUUUUCAUGUGCAGCGUGUUGAAGAGGCAGGGCUACGGCGAGGGCUUCCGCUGGCUGUCCCAGUACAUCGACUAAACCAGGCCCCGCCUCCCACUACACCAUCGGCUAGGGGGCGCCAAAACCAGCUGUUCCAGACGCCGCCAUCAUCAUCCUCUCAGCCCCGUUCGGUUAAUCAAGUCUGCCUUCGCCUCCAGAGAAACCAGUACGACUCGACCCCAAUAGACUUUUAUUGGUCGAACAUUUGGUUCACACACACUCACUUUCAUCAUCAUCUCUUUAUUUUUAUUUCAUUUUUUCCAAGAGAGAGGGGUUCACGUUGAAAUGGUUGAAUCUUUUCUACACCAUGUCUGUCGUUUGCUGUCCUCCUCUUCCGAUAGACUCAGAAGUUUAAAAAUGUUUGAUUCUGUUGCUAAAUAAACUUCUUCCUUCCCCCAAACUCAGAGACGGCCACACAGCAGUACACUUUUUUAACAGAUAAAUUCAUUCCACGUUGUAUUUAAUCAGUGUUUUCUUUUUGUUGCUUUCUUUAACAUGGUUUGAGUAAAUUUAAAAAUUGCCCUCACCAUCACACAUUUGGCUGUUUCCCGUGUAUUUGAAUGGAGCAGUGCGUUUAUCUUAGUGUAUCAAAAUUAGAUCCAUAUCUCUUUCUGUCCAGCCUCUGAGCAGGCUCCCUUUUUAAAAUGGAGCCAACUUCUUUUUGUUUUUGUUUCACAAUAGAAUAUGAUACUGGCUAUAACUCUUUGAUAAAAUUAUGUAGAUAUCACAAUGUUCAGCUGACGCAAAGAUAGAUAUUUAAAGGAAUCAAAUCGGCCAACCGUAAUACGCCAUAAAGAGAUGAGGGAGGAAUAAAGAGACGGUGGUUAAAAUUAGGCAAUAUUAGAAGCAAGUGAGACGUUUUGACAGGGUGAAUUUGGUGAAAACAGCGGAGACAGGUAGACAGGCCUAGGACACCUCCGACAAAGGGACCAUAUUAAAUAUAAAUAUAUGAAAUGUACACAAACAUCGUACAUGGAUUUUCUAUUUCUGAGUGGUAACCUUUGAAAUAUGUGCAUUAACAGGAACUAUUAUGCAUGCCUUGUUCUUUUGAUUAUUUUUAAGAACUAUUAUUAACUCUGUACGAGGGAACACGAUGCCAAAAUUACCAACUAGAGAUGAUUGUCAAGUUUUUGUUUUUUUAAGGAAACAAUGGAAAUGUGCAUAAUAUACUUUAAUCUGUCCCUGUCCCUUUGUGUCUCUUUCAUCCCUCAUGAAUAAGUAAUGAGAUGUUCCAACAUGAAUGGGACCUGCUGUUGUUUGCAUCAUUACAAAAUGUAAUAAAUGUUUGCAAUGAAUAAUCGGAUCAGUCAAUCUAAUUUUAUUUGUGCUGAGCAACAUAAAGUGGUUUUCAGGAAUAGAAUGUAUAUAUUUACAUAAAUUGUCAAUAUUAGUAAGGCUGUUAACACAAAUGUGGAGGAAAAGAUUUAUUUUUUAUCCCGUGUUUACUAAAAAAAACAAACCAAAAUAUUUCUGAAAUUAAUGGAAAAAAUCUGGCAAAAAAAUAUGAUUAAGUAAAAAAGUGUAAUACAGGAUAUAGGUUGUGCUUUUUUGCCACAAGUUUUAAUAUUUUACAGAACCUGAGGAAAUGCAUGUAAUUUAUAUCUGAAAUCAGCCAGAUGGAGGGUUCUGGAUUGGCCUAGUCAAAGUCUGGGCUUGAAACUAUUCAAUAGGUUGUGGCAUGAGCAAGGUUUUGGAAAUGUGAUUUCAGGAUGUUUUGGGUACCUUUUCUCACAAAUAACUAAGGUUUUUGUUUGUUCAAUUUUGUUUUAUGAAAUAUUUAAUAAUGACAAAAAAGACAAAAACAGAAUAAAUGUUAAUGGGAAUAAAAAAUAAAGAUUUUUUGAGCUCAAAUUCAAAAAGGUAAAAAAGCCUGCAUGGUAAGUGGGACCAGUAAGGUCUCUGUAAAGAAGUAAAUUAAACAUUAAAUUAAACGUUUGUAUCUGUGUCCUUUCUACAUUUCAGCCUGUUUGGAAAAGUAGCAAUAAGUUCAAACUUUGCAUCUUGUUUCUAUUUUAAAAUAUAUUUUAAGCUCCUUGUAUCUUCAUUUCAUUGAAAAAAUAUAAUUAAAAAUACAGAUUUAAUAUUCCUGCCAGUAAGGUAACAAAAUGUAAAACUCUGUCUGCCAAUCAACAGCUUGCAGAAUUUGGUAUAAUUUUGUCCAUCAUUAAAAAUAAAUACAUUUAUUAUCUGGACAGAAAACUUUUGUGUGAUUUGAAUUUUCUAAACGUAAAAUGAAGCAAAAGAUGAAUAAUAAAGAUGAUCUGGUUGGA